CUGCGCGACCGGGGCGGGGCCGGGGCGGGGCGCUCCCGGGAAGAGGCGGAGCCGCAGUCGUGGCGCCAAAACGCGAACAUGGCGCCGGAAAGAUUGCGGAGCCGGGUGCUGUCCGCCUUCAAGCUGCGCGGCUUGCUGCUCCGGGGUGAAGCUAUUAAGUACCUCACAGAAGUUCUUCAGUCUAUCACUGAAGUCGAGCUUGAAGAUGCCCUGGAAAAGAUCAUCGACGCAGUUGAAAAGCAACCCUUGUCAUCAAACAUGAUCGAACGGUCUGUAGUGGAAGCAGCAGUCCAGGAGUGCAGUCAGUCAGUAGAUGAAACCAUAGAACAUAUUUUCAAUAUCAUAGGAGCAUUUGAUAUUCCACGCUUUGUGUACAAUUCGGAAAGAAAAAAAUUUCUUCCUUUAUUAAUGACCAACCACCCUGCACCGAAUUUAUUUGGGACAGCAAGAGAUAAAGCAGAGCUGUUUCGUGAACGAUAUACCAUUUUGCACCAGAGGACCCACAGACAUGAAUUAUUUACUCCUCCCGUGAUAGGUUCCCACCCUGAUGAAAGCGGAAGCAAAUUCCAGCUUAAAACAAUAGAAACCCUGUUGGGCUGUACAACCAAAAUCGGAGAUGUGAUUGUCCUUGGAAUGAUAACCCAGUUAAAAGAGGGAAAAUUUUUUCUGGAAGAUCCUACAGGAACAGUGCAACUGGAUCUUAGUAAAGCUCAGUUCCAUAGUGGUUUAUACACGGAGUCAUGCUUUGUCUUAGCAGAGGGUUGGUUUGAAGAUCAGGUGUUUCAUGUCAAUGCCUUUGGAUUUCCACCCACUGAACCCUCUAGUACUACUAGGGCAUACUAUGGAAAUAUUAAUUUUUUUGGAGGGCCCUCUAAUACAUCUGUGAAGACCUCUGCAAAACUAAAACAACUAGAAGAAGAGAAUAAAGAUGCCAUGUUUGUGUUUGUAUCUGAUGUUUGGUUGGACCAAGUAGAAGUACUGGAAAAACUUCACACCAUGUUUUCUGGUUAUUCACCAGCACCUCCAACCUGCUUUAUUCUGUGUGGUAACUUUUUAUCUGCACCAUAUGGAAAAAAUCAGGUUCAAGCUUUGAAAGAUUCCCUAAAAACUUUGGCAGAUAUAAUAUGUGAAUACCCAAAUAUUCACCAAAGUAGUCGUUUUGUGUUUGUACCUGGCCCAGAGGACCCUGGAUUUGGUUCCAUCUUACCAAGGCCACCAUUUGCUGAAAGCAUCACUGAUGAAUUCAGACAAAGAGUACCAUUUUCAGUUUUUACAACUAACCCUUGCAGAAUUCAGUAUUGUACACAAGAAAUUAUUGUCUUUCGUGAAGACUUAGUGAAUAAAAUGUGCAGAAACUGUGUCCGUUUUCCUAGUAGCAAUUUGGAUAUUCCUAAUCAUUUUGUAAAGACUAUCUUAUCCCAAGGACACCUGACUCCUCUACCUCUUUAUGUCUGCCCGGUGUACUGGGCGUAUGACUAUGCCCUGAGAGUGUACCCUGUGCCCGAUCUGCUUGUCAUCGCAGACAAAUACGAUCCUUUUACUUUGACCAAUACCGAAUGCCUCUGCAUAAACCCUGGCUCUUUUCCAAGAAGUGGAUUUUCAUUCAAAGUUUUUUAUCCUUCCAAUAAGACAGUAGAAGAUAGCAAACUUCAAGGUUUCUGAGAUUCUUGAAGACCAUCUAAAGAAACAGAAUUUACUAAUUUUCUGCUUGAUUUUAUAUUUUAUGUAAUUUUGAUAUUGUUACAAUAAAAUUAUGGUAACGUUUAGAA